AUGCCAAGAUCUCGUCAAGUACGUGAAGCUAAGGAUGGUGCGAGGAAAAUGCGACAAGAACACGCACCUAGCUUAAAAGCAACAGGUGAUCCGUUUGUUAAAGAGGUGAACGACCUGGUUGCAAAUAUGUGGAGAACCUUUGGACACGCUGCCCAGAGAGCUGCAACGCAUUUGCGUGGAUUACGAGCGGAGCAGAAGAUUGCGGCAGCAAAGGGUAAAAGGAACAAGUUAACAGCAGAACUAAUGAAAGCAGUCGUUGGUGCAGCUUCAGGGGCACAGAAGGAAAGGAUUGCACAGUUGCAUAAUGAAAGCGAACCUUUGGAUGAGUAUAGUGAAGAAUGUCAAGAAAAGGAUAAGGAAAUCAAAAAGGCCUUUCUUGAAAUUAUCGCGAAGAUUGAGAAUGUCGACGGGAUAAGUGUGGUGAAGGAAUACCUUGUCUCAUCUGUAGAAGAGCGUGGAAAGGAUGAUCUAGACGAAGAAGAAGAGCAGUGA